AUGAGUUACGGCAAGAAAGACGAAGACGCCGAUUUGGGCUUGGUGAAGGUGGACAGAACCCAAGUCUUCCAAGAAGCACGCCUAUUCAACAGCUCUCCUAUCCAACCGCGAAGAUGCCGGACCCUGCUCACCAAGAUCCUCCUUCUGCUCUACACGGGCGAGAAGUUCCCCACGAACGAAGCGACGACCCUCUUCUUUGGCAUCUCGAAGCUCUUCCAGAAUAAGGAUGCCAGCCUUCGGCAAGCGGUUCACCUCUGUGUGAAGGAACUCGCGUCCUCCGCCGAGGACAUCAUCAUGGUCACCAGCACCGUAAUGAAGGACACUGGAGGCAGCACAGAUGCCAUCUACCGCCCCAAUGCCAUCCGCGCCCUGUGCCGCAUUAUCGAUGCGACCACCGUCCAGUCCAUUGAGCGAGUGAUGAAGACCGCAAUUGUCGACAAGAACCCCUCCGUUUCGUCUGCCGCCCUCGUAUCGUCCUACCACCUCCUUCCGAUUGCCAAGGACGUCGUCCGCCGCUGGCAGAGCGAGACACAGGAGGCUGCCGCCUCCACCAAGUCCUCGAGCGGCUUCUCCCUGGGCUUCUCCUCCUCGAGCGGCCAAUUGCCCGCCAACAACUCAACGAUGCCCCAGUACCACGCCAUUGGUCUCCUAUACUCGAUGCGCAUGCACGACCGCAUGGCGCUGGUGAAGAUGGUGCAGCAGUUUGGCGCGGCAGGUGCGGUCAAGAGCUCCGCCGCGAUCGUCAUGCUCGUCCGUCUGGCCGCCCAGCUCGCCGAGGAGGACCCUUCGCUCAGGAAGCCCAUGAUGCAGCUGCUGGAUGGCUGGUUGCGCCACAAGAGCGAGAUGGUCAACUUCGAGGCCGCCAAGGCCAUUUGCGACAUGCGCGAUGUCACCGAUGCCGAAGUGUCCCAGGCCGUCCACGUUCUCCAGCUCUUCCUCACCUCUCCCCGCGCCGUCACCAAGUUCGCCGCCCUCCGCAUCCUCCACAACUUCGCCUCCUUCAAGCCCAACGCCGUCAACGUCUGCAACCCCGAUAUCGAGCUCUUGAUUUCCAACAGCAACCGAUCGAUUGCCACCUUUGCCAUCACCACCCUGCUCAAGACCGGUAACGAGGCCAGUGUCGACCGCCUGAUGAAGCAGAUUUCUGGCUUCAUGUCUGAGAUCACCGAUGAGUUCAAGAUCACCAUUGUCGAGGCUAUCCGCACCUUGUGCCUGAAGUUCCCCAGCAAGCAGGCUGGCAUGCUUGCUUUCCUCAGCGGCAUCCUCCGUGACGAGGGUGGCUACGAGUUCAAGCGUGCUGUUGUCGAGAGCAUGUUUGACCUGAUCAAGUUUGUGCCGGAGUCCAAGGAGGAUGCGCUCGCUCACCUUUGUGAGUUCAUUGAGGACUGCGAGUUUACUAAGCUUGCCGUCCGCAUUCUGCACCUCCUCGGUCUCGAAGGACCCAAGACCUCCCAGCCGACCAAGUACAUCCGCUACAUCUACAACAGAGUGGUUUUGGAGAACGCCAUCGUCAGAGCCGCCGCCGUCACCGCUCUCGCCAAGUUUGGUGUUGGUCAGAAGGACCCCGAGGUCAAGCGCAGUGUCGAGGUUCUCCUCACCAGAUGUUUGGACGACGUCGACGACGAGGUCAGAGAUCGUGCUGCCCUCAACCUCAGACUCAUGCACGAGGACGACACCAUCUCCGAGAAGUUUGUCAAGAACGACAGCAUGUUCUCUCUUCCGUACUUCGAGCACCAGCUCGUCAUGUACGUCACAUCCGAGGACAAGUCUGCGUUCGAUACGCCCUUCGACAUCUCCCAGAUUCCCGUUGUCACCCGGGAGCAGGCCGAUGCCGAGGACCGCACCAAGAAGCUCACGGCGACUGCCCCGUCGCUCAAGCCUCCCAAGGUUGGCCCGACGAAGACGUCCACCAGCGGCGCGGAGGCUGCUGCGUCAGCCACCGCUGCGGCUCAGCGUUACGCCCAGGAGUUGAUGCAGAUCCCCGAGAUGAAGGAGUUUGGCAGCGUGCUCAAGUCAUCGCCUGUUGUCGAACUCACCGAGUCGGAGAUGGAGUACGUUGUCACCGUUGUCAAGCACAUUUUCAAGGAGCACAUUGUGUUCCAGUACGAGAUCAAGAACACUCUCCAGGCUACCGUUCUGGAGAACGUGUCGGUCGUGGCAACGCCUUCCGAGGAGGAGGAGCUCGAGGAGGUCUUCAUCAUCCAAGCCGAAAAGCUCCCUACGGACGAGCCCGGCAAGGUGUACGUCGCCUUCAAGAAGGUCGGCGGAGAGGGCUCCAUGCCCGUCAGCAGCUUCUCCAACAUUCUCAAGUUCACCAGCAAGGAGAUCGACCCUACAACAAACGAGCCGGAGGCUACUGGCUACGACGACGAGUACGAGGUGGCCGAGUUCGAUCUGGCUGGCAGCGACUACGUUGUGCCGACAUUCGCCAGCAACUUCAACCACAUCUGGGAGCAGGUUGGCGCGGCCGGCGAGGAGGCUGAGGAGACGUUGCAGCUCAGCAGCAUGAAGAGCAUAGCGGAGGCAACGGAGCAGCUGGCCAAGGUGUUGUCGCUGCAACCUUUGGAGGGUACCGAUGUGCCAGUCAACCAGACGACACAUACUCUCAAGUUGCUUGGAAAGACUGUUGGCGGCGGCAGGGUGGUUGCCAAUGUGCGGAUGGCUUACUCGUCCAAGUCCGGUGUCACGACCAAGAUCACGGUCCGCAGCGAAGAAGAGGGUGUGGCGUCUCUUGUUGUUGCAUCUGUCGCUUAA